AUUAUCACCACCUUCUCUUCCUUACUUCUCUCAUUUCGACAAGCUGUGCUUGAUCAUUCGUUCUUAUCCCAACUACCAAGCCGGCUUGACUACCUGGGUUUUUAUUUCCUCUUAACAAUCCCAACAACACCUUCUUUCCAAACUUCAAGAUGCAGUACCGAAUGACCCUCGCCGCCUGCUUGGCCCUGACCACCGCUGUCUACGCCAGCCCUGCCCCGCCUCAGAUCACCAAGGCUCCCCGAGCUUUCCACCGCUUGGCAAAGCGCGCGCAGCCUGAUGCCGCCGGAAGCAGCGUUCUCGAUGCCCCCAUGACCAUUGCCGCUGGCGAGAGCUUCGACGGUGGCAAUAUCAUGUACGACCGAGGUGUUUCCUGCACUGGCCAGGAGGAGGGUGGAGACUCCGAUGCCGUCUUCAUCUUGGAGAGCGGUGCUACUCUGUCCAACGUCAUCAUUGGUCCUAACCAGAUCGAGGGUGUUCACUGCAACGGUGGCUGCACCAUCAACGACGUCUGGUGGGAUGCCGUCUGCGAGGAUGCCUUCAGCAUCAAGAAGCAGGAGUCCGGUCAGACCACCAACAUCAACGGCGGCGGUGCCACUGGCGCCGAGGACAAGGUGAUCCAGCACAACGGUGGCGGUACCGUCAUCAUCAGCGACUUCACCGUCUCCGACUUCGGAAAGCUCUACCGCAGCUGCGGUAACUGCGACGACAUGCCCGACCGCCACGUCCAGGUCAUUGGUGGCUCUGCUUCCAACGGUGACAUCCUUGUUGGCAUCAACUCCAACAUGGGUGACACUGCCAGCAUCUCCGGCAUCAGCAUCAGCGGUGUCGAUGAGGAGUGCGUUGACUUUGAGGGUGUCACUGACGGCAGCGAGCCCACCAAGGUUGGCACCUGCUCUGGAACCGGAUCUGGAGACACUGUUUCUUCCGUUGCCUCGGAUGUUGCUACUCCUGCUACCACUUCCGAGUCAUCUGAGUCCACCCCUUCCGCCGUCGACACUGGAUCCAGCGAUGACAACUCGGAUGACAACUCCGACGACAGCUCGGAUGACAGCUCCGACGACAACACUGAUGACACCACCGAUGAGGAUGCGGAUGAGGACGAUAACAAGGAUGAGGAUGAGGAGGAGUCGAGUGACGAUAAUGAGGAGGAGGACCAAGAUGAGGAGGACCAGGAUGAGGAUGAUGACGAUGAGGAUGACGAGUAAAGGUUCCGUUUGUGAACGCCUGCAACUCCAGGAUUUCUGUAUACCUUUCUCAACGUUUUUAUAAUUACCACCCUAACAUAGAUCUCUAUAC